AUGCAUUUCCUGCCUAACCACGUGUACACCAUUGCCAGCAGAGAGCAGUACAACGAUACCAAUGUUCUUUUAGACCUGUAUGAGCCCACGUCCGAGAACGGGACACCAAGUUAUAUCUGGAGCCAGUCAGAUCAAAAAGAGGCGUUGAAUCAACGAUGGCUGGUGAAGGAGGUAGAUGGUCAUCCAGGGAUCUACACUCUGCGCAAUAUCAGAACAGGCACCUAUCUCGACCUGAACGAGGGGUCCAGCAAGAACGGAACAAAAGUGCAAGGGUGGGCGUCUCUAGCUGGCACCCCACACGCUCAAAAUUCGCAGUGGAGGAUUAUUGCGAGCGGAAAUCACUUCAAAAUUCAAAAUGUCGCUAGCAAGACCUACCUUGAUCUCGCCGGGAAAAAGCACAUCCCUGGUACUCAGGUCGUUGGAUGGCAGAUUGAUUCAACACCAACCCAGGAUUGGGUCUUCCGUCGAGUUAGUCGUACUGGGACGGAAAUAAAAGCUUUGCUUGCUAGUAACAAGUCUGUCGACAACAACGUCGAAAGCUACCUCAAAGAGGGGAUCUACAUUGUGCUCCCAAAAAGCGUCCGUGACGAUAUCCUGCAUAGAUCCGGCCUUGGAAGUUCGUUGAAAUGGAGGAAGGAGAUAUUCGACAGCGAUGACUUUGCGUUUGUUAGCAAGUCCCAUGUUGCGAAGUGGGGAGCUACCGAGUUACUUGGAGAUGGCUUUGCUAUCCUCUGGGGAGUGGUAUUCGGUGGCCAGAAAGACUCGGCACAUGUCUAUAACUUCUUCUUGAACGAUAAUCUGGAUGGUAUCGUUUUCUGUGACCCCAAAACUGGAGAGCAGAAGGACACAAUCAGACAUAAAGGGUAUCUUUCACUAUUCUGA